CCCAAUUUAAAUAAAUGCCAUUAAAUAGCAGUUAUGAUCUAGGAGUUCACAGCACAUAGUAUUUUCUCAAUUCCGAAGGUCUUUCUUUCUAAAGCCUUGAUCAGCAAAAACUAGAGUCUUUGCAUACAACUUCGCACCAAGAAUCUGAAGAUGCAUUUUAGCGAAAACGAGGGGAUUGAGAAAAAAACCUUCGUGGUAACAGGCGGGCUGGGCUUCGUCGGCUCGGCCCUCUGCUUGGAGUUGGUCAGAAGAGGAGCCCGUCAAGUCCGGGCCUUUGACCUCCGGCCCGAGUCCCCUUGGUCCAACGAUCUCCGCAGUCGGGGAGUUUCUUGCAUUCAAGGUGAUGUUUCCAAUAAACAAGACGUUGAGAAGGCCUUGCAUGGGGCAGACUGCGUUUUCCACCUUGCUUCUUACGGCAUGUCCGGAAAGGAAAUGCUUCAAUUCGGCAGAGUUGACGAGAUUAACAUUAACGGGACACUCCACGUGUUAGAUUCUUGCGUGGAGCACGAAGUCAAGAGACUCGUUUAUGUCAGCACGUAUAAUGUCGUUUUCGGAGGGAAAGAAAUCGUAAAUGGAAAUGAAGCCUUGCCUUAUUUCCCCAUGGAUGAACACGUUGACCCGUAUGGCCGUAGUAAAUCCAUAGCCGAACAACUCGUCUUGAAGAGCAAUGGUCGGCCCUUCAAGAGCAAGAAAGGAAAGUUAUACACUUGUGCUAUUCGACCAGCAGCUAUAUAUGGUCCGGGUGAAGAAAGGCACUUCCCAAGGAUUAUAAAACUAGCAAAGUUGGGCCUCGUGCCUUUCAAGAUUGGGGGAAAGAAUGUAAAAUCUGACUGGGUUUAUGCCGAUAACCUCGUUUUGGCCUUGCUAUUGGCUAGCAUGGGCCUUUUGGACGACAUUCCCGGUCGGCUCGGUCAACCGGUUGCUGCCGGUCAACCCUACUUCAUAUCAGACGGCUGUCCGGUCAACAGUUUUGAGUUCAUCAAGCCACUGCUCGAGGGUUUGGAAUAUGACUUGCCAAAGUUGACGUUGACUGUACAGCAUGCUCUUUUUCUAGGGAAGUUUUUCUGGGUGUUCUAUUCGCUUUUGUAUCCGUGGCUUAAUCGGAAGUGGCUUCCUCAACCUUUGAUCCUUCCUGCUGAAGUGUACAAGGUUGGCGUGACCCACUACUUCUCGAUCCUUAAAGCAAAGGAAGAACUUGGCUACAGGCCUUUGGUAAGCCCUCAAGAAGGAAUGUCCAAAACAAUCUCGUACUUUAAGGACAAGAAACGGAAAACAUUGGAUGGGCCCACCAUAUACACUUGGGCCUUUUGUGUAAUAGGGAUGGCCACGUUGUUUUGUGCCGUGUACUUGCCCGAUAUCGGGCCCAUUCCCUUGUUUAGAGCUUUUAGCCUUUUCUUCAUGCGCUCGAUGAACACGAUGAGACUCGUUUUCCUACUUUCUGUGGCGGCUCAUUUUGUCGAGGCCGUUUAUGCGUGGUGGCUUGCGAGAAAAUUCGAUCCUUCGAACGCGAGAGGUUGGUUCUGGCAGACGUUGGCUUUGGGGUUUUUUUCGUUGCGUUUUCUGUUGAAGAGGGUUAAAGAAGUGAAGUCACAAGUUUUACAUAACAAUGAUGACAAAUGAUGAGUUACAUUGUGAUGUUCUUUUGUAGUUGAUGAGAUGUUUGUAUUUGACAGAGUGUACUGAGAAUUUCCAGUUUUCUUGGUGUAAUGGUUAAAUCAUGAGAACUAGAAAUUGAUCUUAAAUCUUAGUUCUUAAAGUUAUUAUUCUUGUACAAAUUGCACCAUGUAUUUGUGAGGACACUAGGCGACUUUUUUACUAUUGGAACACGCUUCUCAUAUA